GUCCGUUUCAAUUACAUUUUCUGUCAAACUUGUGAUGUGUGUGUGAGGGAGGAUGAUGCGAUCUCACAAUAACUCAGGCGAAUAAAGCGAAAACAAUGUGCGUAUAUUAGCUAACAAAAGACACAUUCAAAAUGUUCAGAAACUUAAACGAUACUCCAGGACGACUGAUGGUGUUACUCUCCACGUGUUUCAUUAACUAGCUAUCAUCGCAAAAGUUUAAAGAGUACAGACCUGCUGUAACUGUAUUAUAAAUUAGUUUUACACUGCGUUGUAGUGAACUUCUGUUGAUUAUUGUCAAUAACCUUUAAUUUAGCAUGAUCUUAUAAGGGCCUAGAGGUGUCGAAUGAUAUGUUGAAACUAUGAGCAACUUAAAUAAUUUUAACCAUUUAACCAUGGGUGGCGAGUUUUGAAUGAAAGCUAAUUUAGCUAGCUCGUCAAGAAAUGGACAAUAACAAAACUAAACAUGUUUAGCUAUGCAACUGCUCGUGACACCUUUUAAUUAAAUUACACAAACACGUUUAGCCCUUUUUUGUUUUCAUUAUUGACAGUUUUGAUAAGCAACUGGAUAGCGGGAUAUUUUAGCUAGCAAACAACCAACUUCAAUGUGACAAGUUAAAUAACGUGUCAUGGUUACAUUAGCUCGCUAUCAUGAAAGACUGCUAUAGCUAGUUUGCUGACAAGUUGAGUAUUGGAUGAGAGAUUCAGGUCUAUGCAGAGGGGCGAUAUCAGCAACAGCACAUGGUCACGUGUAGCAGAAAGCCUUGCAAAUGGAGGCGAACAACCAUUUCAACUAUGGCACCCACUCCUCUGUGUCUGUUAACUCAGGACUGAAACUCUCCUCAGGGGAUUCUGUCUAUACCAAUGGGUCCUCCAUGAGUUUCCCUCAGCAGGAGAAGAAUAUGAACGGUGAAAUGAAUGUGAAUGGCAGCACUACUGUAAUUGGGUCCAGUGUGUCUGGCUCCCAAUCUCCAACAGCCCCAUACCCUCAUAUGAGCAACCACCACCACCAGAGUAGCAUGGGCUACGACUACCUGUGGGGAGGACAGCCACAAUACAGCCCAGCCAUGAGCUUGUCUCCUGGGCAUGGCAUGCACCAGAAGCAGCCUCCCACUGGGGUGAUGCAGCAACAGAGCCAGCAGCAUUUCCAGGGUCACGGACAGUACCAACUGAACGGGGGCAUGCCUGGGUCCCGUCAGCCUCCCAUGGUGCCACCCCCAAACAUGACUCUUACAGGGGGCCAAUACUGGAACAGGGUUAACCCGGGGCAACAGCAGAGCAGCGCAGCCAUGGCAAUGGGGUAUAACACGCACAGCGUGUACGGGGCCUACCAGAGCCAGGUGCACCCUGGGAUUGCGCCCUCACAGCAUCACCAGCAGCAGCCUCCACAGCCACCCCCUCACCAACAGACACAGCAACACCACCACCAGCAGCAGCAGCAACCUCAGCACUACAGCAUGGUGUCCAACGGGAUUCCCUACUACCAGCACCAGCCCCAGCACCCACCUCUUCCCGCUCCACAACCUCAGGCUCAGAUGAUGCCCCCUACCUCCCAGAAUUUCACCCCUCCGCGGGGAAGCCCCCAGCACCACCAGAUGGGCCGGGGGGGCACAGGCAGCCCCCUCCCCAUGGCGGUGUCUUCUGUCCCCAUGAUGUCACCCUCGACAAUGGCGGAUAGUGGAUCGCCCCAGAGCCAGACCAGGGAGAGGAGUCCCCAUGGUGGUUCUGUAGCGAUGCCAGCUGUCAUGCAAGGGCGGAUGAGUGAAGCGUUUAAGGAUGUGGAAAAAGGCUACAAUGGGAUGGAGAGGACGUCUGUCGCCCAGCGGCUGCCUAAAAGCGACAGCUACCCACCCAAGCCCCCUGGACCUCCCAUGGGGCCCACCAGUGACUACUGCCAGCACUCCAAGCAGCCAAUGGCCCAGCACCAUGAAAUGACAACCUUAGCGAGGGAGUCUGCGCUGCCUGAGCCUCCACACUCAAUGUCGGCGCCUCCCCCUGUGGUUUCCACACCUCCUUCAGCUAAGGCAGCAACCCCUCCUAGGGUCUGCGCAGCUGCACACAAGCCUAAGAUCACAAUACGCAAUGCCAAGCGUCGGCUGGAGUGGUGUAAAGCUCGCCGCCAUUGGACUCUGGAGCAGUGGAAACGUGUUCUCUGGAGUGAUGAAUCACGCUUCACCAUCUGGCAGUCCGACGGACGAAUAUGGGUUUGGCGGAUGCCAGGAGAACGCUACCUGCCUGAGUGCAUAGUGCCAACUGUAAAGUUUGGUGGAGGAGGAAUAAUGGUCUGGGGCUGUUUUUCAUGGUUCGGGCUAGGCCCCUUACUUCCAGUGAAGGGAAAUCUCAAUGAUACAGCAUACAAUGACAUUCUAGACGAUUCUGUGCUUCCGACUUUGUGGCAACAGUUUGGGGAAGGCCCUUUCCUGUUUCAGCAUGACAAUGCCCCCGUGCACAAAGUGAGGUCCAUACAGAAAUGGUUUGUCGAGCUCGGUGUAGAAGAACUUGACUGGCCUGCACAGAGCCCUGACCUCAACCCAAUCGAACACCUUUGGGAUGAAUUGGAACGCCGACUGCGAGCCAGGCCUAAUCGCCCAGCAUCAGUGCCUGACCUCACUAAUGCUCUUGUGGCUGAAUGGAAACAAGUCCCCACAGCAAUGUUCCAGCAUCUAGUAGAAAGCCUUCCCAGAAGAGUGGAGGCUGUUAUAGCUGCAAAGGGGGGACCAACUCCAUAUUAAUGCCCAUGAUUUUGUAAUGAGAUGUUCGACGAGCAGGUUAUGUACGGAUCCACUUCCAUUUGCAGUGUUGCACUCUCGGCGAGUAAGCGUUCAUGUUUUGAUCAAUUUCUGUUUGGUUCCCUCUUUUGAGCCGCCGCCUGUGGCAUAUAGAUAGUGAUCAGAGAAACAGUUCAAAGUUUCAGUACCGUAGCCUUUAAACUUACAUGUUUCCCCUUUCCUCCUCAUCUGUUAAAUCGCUAAAACAGUCUUAUCAAUGUUCAUAAGAUUUGAAUGUUCUGAAAUUCUGUCUUAAUGUUGUUCUCGGAUAUACAUUUUAUGUUACCAAGUUUUAUUUUUUACUAAUUCCAUAUUGAUAUUAUCUAAAAGCAGAUCACAUGAAGGCAAAAUGAAAGGAGGCUUGAAGCUCGGUUUGGCAAACAUCUGGUUGUUGUUUUUUUUUACCUUCAAGAAUCUUUCCAUCUGUUUAGAGUUGUGGCAGAGUACAUUACAAUACUCCUGGGUCUUGUGUGGUGAUGGGGGUUAUGACAUGGUAAACCUGUGUAUUGACCAAAUUAAACUUGCACUGUCAAGAAAAUGA